UGCAAUGCUUUUCUGAUCUACCGCAGCUUCAAAUUCCUCUUUUCAUAACUUUUAUCACUUUUUAUGCUGAUAUUAUCUUUGGGAACAUAAUUGUGUUUAUAGCAAUCAUAUUGGACUCUCAUCUACACACGCCAAUGUACAUAUUCUUGAGUAACCUCUCUGUCCUAGACAUUUGCUAUACCUCAACUAUUCUACCCCAACUUCUGGCCAUGCUGUACACUCAACACAAGACAAUACCUCUAAUCAAUUGUAUGGUUCAGAUGUAUUUUUUCUUGACUUUUGCUUGCUGUGAAAUGAUUCUUCUUGCAGUGAUGGGAUACGAUCGUUAUGUGGCAAUAUGCCACCCCUCAAUGAUGAAUCCAAGGCUAUGUAUUUAUAUGUUAUGUUGUGUCUGGACUAUCUCAUUGAUGGAGCCAGUUGUAUUUACCAUGUUUGUCGCCAACUUGUCCUUCUGUUCAUUUAAUAACAUUGAUCAUUUUUAUUGUGAUGUUUCUCCUUUGCUAAAGCUUUCCUGCAGUGAUACAACUCAUGUUAAUCUCACAACCUACAUUCUUGGUGUACUCGUAGGUUUCAGCACCUUCAUGCUCACCUUAGUAUCCUAUGUGUUUAUCAUUGUUAACAUUCUAAAGAUUCACUCUGUGCAUGGAAGGUAUAAAACGUUUUCUACCUGUGCAUCCCACUUGAGCUGUGUUGCCUUGUUUUAUGUCACCACGCUGUCCUUGUACAUGAGACCAACAUCAAUGUACUCUCCAAUGCAUGACAAGUUUUUUUCUCUCCUUUAUAUCAUAUUGAUUCCCAUGCUCAAUCCUGUUAUUUACACCCUUAAGAAUGAACAGUUCAAGAACACAUUUCAAAAAUUAAUUUCAAUGACUAGAAUGCUAAUCUUAAACUUGUAA